GGGGAAAUGCUAUAAGGUAGGCUGCGAUGGACAGGUGAACUCAAAGCUGAUCAGGGAUAGAUGCGGAGUUUGUGGUGGGAAUAACACGGGCUGUUCCGAAAUGAAUUUAUCGUCAUCCAGAAAGCUCAAGAGAGAAGCAAGUAGAAUAUCUGUACUUCCCCGCAUGGCGAGAGAAAUAAAAGUGGAAGUAAACGUGUCUGCUCCAAAUGAAGACAGUCCCUCUGUAGCAUUGGUGCUGAAGAAACGUGGAAGAAAGGAGUAUUCAGUUGCUGUACCCAAUACUGUCGUUCACACGAAGAUACUGGAAGGAGUGAAGUGGUAGUAACGCAAAGGGAGCUGCAGACCGGCAUAAACGUAGACUAUAAUACAAAGUUCUCCAUCCAAAAAUCCUAUCUGGAGCCAUCAAAGAGAUUUAUCUGGAUUAGGGGAGGCUGGGGACCCUGUUCAGCCAGUUGCGGUGGGGGAUACCGCCAGAAGACUGUCGCGUGUUGGGAUAAUCUGAACAAGAAAAUCGUUAAGCGGAAUAUAUGUUCGCUAGUGCAAAAACCCAAGAUGGAAAGAGAAAUAUGCAACACAUUCGAUUGCAGAUUCGUUUGGAUAGCAGGAGAGUGGGAACCAUGCAGUACUAGUUGUGGUACUUCAGGUACUCAAAGCAGGGAGAUAUAUUGCAUACCAAAAUCGGUGCUAAAUAAAAUGUUGGAUGGUUUAAAUGAGACAAAAGCGGAGCCCUGGAGACACAUGGUGCAUCCCAAGAAAUGUUCAAAGGCUACACCGAUCACCACAAGAUACUGUAAUAGAAUACCUUGUUUUUCUUAUUGGAGAUUCCACGACUGGUCCCAGUGUUCUGCUAGCUGUGGCGUCGGACUUCAAACAAGAAGUUUUUACUGUCCAGCCCCUUCUUUAGAUGAGCAUUCAUACACUUGUGGAAGUCCUCCACCAGAUCAGAAAAGGGAAUGCAAUGCGGAUCGGACGAAGCGGAAGGCCUGCAAAGAAACGAAGCACAAGAAAUGUCUGCAUGACGAAACGGAGUACUGCGCAAUCGACAUUCUUCGAAAGUAUUGCGUCCUGAGUGGAUUCCGGAAGGUCUGUUGCAAAACGUGCAAGAAUUUUCAAGAAGCUGGAUGAUCAAUGUCAGAUUCUAUUUUAAAUAUAAAUAUAUAUUCAUUCAAAAUUACAGUUCAAUAUCCUUUACAGCGUUACUAAUGAAAAUACGUAUAAUGUUAAUAAUAAUAACAAACGCUUCUUAGUGCAGCUACCUGGGAGCUUAUAAUAAAUAAGAAACUGAUA